GCAAUAGCACCAUUUCUUAAAACGGUUGUGGAUAAAGAUGACAACGAUUUGCAAACUAAGCCACUCAGUAACAAUACUAUUAGCAGAAGAAUAGACGAAAUGAGUGAAGACAUUGAAAUACAACUUGUUGAAAAGCUGAAAACAAGAAAAUUCUCAGUGCAAAUGGAUGAAUCAUCUCUGAGAGACAGUGAGGCUGUAUUGAUAAAUUACAUAAGAUAUAUUGAUAAAGGGGUAUUUUGCUGGAGAAAUGUUGUUCUGUAAAUCAAUAGAAAGCACCACUACCACCAAAGAAAUAUAU